CAUUUCAUUUUAUUAUUACUUCACUUCCCUAUUCUUUCGUCUCUCAUUUUUCACCAAACAUACACACAGAUAUACAUAUAUAUGGCCGACAAACAACCCCAUCUCAACGGCGCCUUCUACGGCCCUGCCGUCCCUCCUCCUCCAAAGACCUACCACCAUCAUGCUCACCGCCGUGGCUGCGCCUGUUGCCUUCUCACCACCUUUCUCAAGCUCCUCGUCACCAUUGUCGUUGUGGUCGGUAUAGCAGUUUUGAUAUUAUGGUUCCUAUUCCGUCCCCAUAAACUCACCUUCGACGUCACUGACGCCGAACUAACCCGCUUCAACAUCUCCGGCAACCAACUCCAUUACAACCUGGCUUUAAACCUCACUAUCCGAAACCCCAACAAGCGAAUUGGGGUGUAUUAUGAUGUCAUCGAAGCUUCCCCAUUUUAUAAAGACCAAAGGCUUAACACCCAGUGGCUACCGCCGUUCUACCAAGGCCACAAAACCACCACCGUUCUCAGCCCCCACUUCGACGGCCAGCAGAUCGUGUUUCUGGCCGGAGAUAAGCUUACUGAGUUCAACGGUGAGACACUUGCCGGCAUCUUCAACGUCGACCUGAGGUUUCGUCUCCAGCUGAGGUUGAAAGUCGGGGUGGUGAGGAUCGGGAAGUUUAAGCCGAAGGUUAACUGUGAAUUGAAGGUUCCAUUGAAAUCAAAUGCCAACUCUUUUACUUUCUUGCAGGCCACUCGCUGUGACUUUGAUUUUUAAUUGGCCACUUCCGGGGUUUUGACUCAGUCAACUAUGUAGCAGAUUCUGUUGACUGAAUAAAAUCAUUAUUUUAUUUUUAUUGUUUUUGUUUUUAACCUUAAUAAUACCAUUCAUUUCUUUUUUGC